AUGGCAUCAGAAGAACAUAGAAUAGUCUGUCUGGACGAGUGCCAUUGCCCAUCACCCAUUUUUACAAUCGCGCACACGUAUAAAGGAUACGACAAUACGCCCCUGGAGCUCGUAGCAGAGAGAAUAAAAGAUGCGACGAUUGUUAUCUCGACCAGAGUCAAGAUCCCAGAUGCCGCAAUCGCCCAGUGUCCAGACCUGCAAUUAAUCGCAGUAAUGGCUGCCGGAUUUGAUAUUGUGGAUGUUAAGAAAUGCCGUGAACGUGGGAUUAAGGUUUCCAACAUUCCUUCGGCUUCUGCGGAGGCUGUCGCGGAGCAUGCUUUUACUUUGUAUCUCUCGGCCAAAAGAAGGGUCGUCGAAUUACAUAACUUGACUCGGGAAGGGAUCGAAUGGCCUCUGAGGAAGACGGGCACGCAUAAAUACAAUGGUGUGCCACGGACAUGUAAAUCAGAGACGAUGGGUAUCGUUGGGUAUGGGAAUUUAGGUGAGCUUGCGUUCCAAUCCCUGAGACUACUGGCACUAAUAACGAAAGGGAAACGGAUCGAGGACAUGGCCAAAGCAAUGGGAAUGGCAGUUAUUAUUGCUGAUCGAAAAGGAACACCCCCAAAUGCGACGAGACCCGGAAGAACGGAGUUCACACAAACACUGCAAAGAAGUGAUGUCUUGAUUCUGUGUUGUCCAUUGGAUGCCUCGACACGAGGCAUGAUUGGCGAGGCAGAGCUGAAGCUCAUGGACAGUCGCUCAUUGCUUGUGAAUGUGGCUCGGGGAGGAGUGGUCGACGAGGACGCUUUGGUAAAAGCACUGCAAAAUGGCUGGAUUAGCGGUGCUGCUGUCGAUGUCUUUGCUUCCGAGCCUGUUACUCCUUCAACAAGUCCGCUGCUCGCAGAUGGUAUUCCAAAUCUAACUCUGUCUCCCCAUGUGGCAUGGUAUGCGGACUCGAGUAUCAAGAAUGUUCAAGCCACUAUCAACAGCAAUAUAGAAAGCUUUGUGGCAGGCCAUCCAGACAAUUUACCUAGUAGUUUGAACAUGUUUCUCUAUGAGUAA